AUGCGCCCUCAUCGCCAGCUGUUUGGGCGUGAUGCAGCCAAGGUCCCAUCUUGCAGGAAAAGUGUACUGUGGGGGAAAGUUGUAGCGGCAGUGAACAGUGAGAGUGUGGUGAAGAAGACCGAGGACACGUGUCGCAAGAGGUUCUACGACAUCAAACGCUGUGUCAAGGCUAAGAUGGCGAAGCAGGCAAAGUCUGCCAGACAAACCGGGGGAGGACAUCACUUUAUUGCGUCCUAUCGGGAGUGGGAGGAGCCUGUGCGGAGCCUUAUUCCACCAGAAGUUGUUGGGGCAACUAAUGUCCGGGAUUCAGAUCAGCCUAGGCAGGAUGUACAAAAGAAAACUACCACAGCCAGAACCACAACCACACAAGCUGCGGAUGCUGGUGAUGCAGGAACAUCCUCAUCGCACACAAUUCAGCAAAGGCGCCCUCCCCAGGGGUCUGCCACUCAAAAAAUCAUGCCAAGAAAGAGACAGCGUCCUGAUGUCCUUCCGACUCAAUCAUUAACUCCGCCACAACGCCGCAUCUCGACUGUGUUGGGCCAGCCACCGGUUGACAUUUUUGCCAGUCCGCCAUCACAGGACCCACAUUCCCCUCAGCUGUCUGAUGCUGAGAUCAUGCCCCAGGAUACCCAGCAGGGCACAGAUUUGUCGGAAACAUUCAUCCUCCAACUGCAGCCAAUUGACCCAACCCAACCAACCAUGCCGCCUAUAAGUACACCUCCACCACAAAGAUCCCCGACACCACAAUUGACUCCAACUACACCCCAGCCACAACCACUUGAUCAGGCAUUUUGGGACAGUUGGACAACACAACAGGGACAUAAUCUAGAUUGUCUAUGCACCCACAGCCAAUAUCUUGCCAGUCUGCCCCAUCACCUUCCUAGACUAAGUAGGAACACCAGCAGACUCAAUGUUCAAAUAAGCAGAAUGGCAAACACAAUGGAACAAAUGCGAGCACACAACAGCCAACUAAUUUUAAGUUACCAACGCAUCAUGGAUGAACAACAUCGUCAUCAGCAAGCCCUCAUCCAAAUAAUUCAAAAUAACCAACUUAUUAACGAAAGUCUUUCCCGCAUCAUUGAAAAUAAUACAUCAGCCACAACACAACUGAAUGCUACUCUGUCAAACUUGAGCCAAAACAUAAAUUUGCUGGCAACACAACAACAAGGCUCCAGCUCAGGAACCACAACACCAAUCCAGACCCCCAAUUAGCUCCCCAGUCAGGAGAUCGAGCAGAACACGCUCAAAUCUGCCACGCCAAGGCUCUGCUGGAUCCAAACUUCCCCCCAAAAAAUAAGCAACACCUCUGCUGAAGCCAUAUUUUUCUGUGCACAAAAAAAUGAAUAUUGCAGUGUGUGAGACACACUGAAAUUGUGUAGUGUAAUAAAGUGAAAUUUGCUUUA